AAGCUGCUGGCUGAGUGCCAGGACCAGCAGUGGUGCCAGUUCUCGGUGCACAGCCAAGUCUUUGGGCCGGACCCAUGCCCUGGGACACACAAGUACCUCAUCGCUUCCUACAAAUGCCGGCCAGGGAACCAUCGAGUCAAGACCGUGUGUGAGAACGACAAGCUGAGGCUACAGUGCCGACCAAAAUCCAUCCUGGCCAUUUAUUCUGCAAGUUAUGGACGAUUCCUGCGGGGCAAACCGGAGUGCGAUGCCCUGAACACUGGGGGACCCCACAUAGAGUGCUUGGCUCCAGACGCCCUGCGGAGGGUCUCCAAGAAGUGUCACCGCAAGGGGAACUGCACCGUGGCUGCUGACCAGGCCACCUUCGGGGACCCGUGUCUCCCCGGCACAAAGAAACAGCUGCGAGUCUCCUACACCUGCGUGCCCAAGCAGCUGCUGGAGGAGGUGGGCCCUGACACCUCGGACCCCUUCCUGCUCUCGGACUACAUGCAUGGUGGCUGGUACAAAGGGCCCAGGUUCUCCAGGCUCCGGGAAGACCGGAUGAUUUUUACUAGCUCUCUGGCAGCUUUUGCCCACCUUUGGGGUGUCCCAGAGAAAGUUGGCCUCUAUUUUCUUUGUGGGGUCUCAGGAGGCCUCAUGCUCCUGCUGUGCAUCAUCAGCCCCAAAACAACCUUCCUCCAGGAGGUGGGGGAGGCUCUCAAAGACCCGGAGCUGGGGAGCAGCUCAGAGUUGAGCAGGACCAAGGUGCAGGACGAGCGGGAUGAAGACCUUCCCGACGACAGCUCCUCAGACUCCUCCUUCCGCCACCUCACCCGCACCUACCGGGCCACUGACAGCAUCUUCAGCCCUGAGCUAACGGCAGCCAUGGAGGGAGCGAUGGAGCGCCAGGGCCACAGCGGGGAGGAGAUCUGGAUGCCCAAGGAGUCGAGCCCAUAUGCCAUCCACAAGAUCAAAUCGGCCACCAAAUAA